ACAUUUGCUAAAUGACUUUUGAAGAUCAUAGUUGACUUUGAGUCAAAUAUGAAGUUGAUAAUUUUAUUUAUUGGCUGUGUCGGCAUUGUUUGGGCUAGUUCAAUGAGUAAUUUGAGUGAAGAAAUUGAAGAUAAAAUUAACCAGAUCAAUUUAAAAUUCGAGAAAAUUGACAAAAAAAUUGAGGGAAAUGCCAAAAGAAUUAAUGAAAAAAUCAACAAAAUGCAGGAUAAAAUUGAAAAAAAAAUCAACAAUACGUGUGACAAAAAAAAUCGUUCGAGAAAUUUAAUUUGUCUACUUGAAAAACCAUUUGAGCUGGGAAGUAUUGGCAAAGGAUGUCUCCCCGAAGAAUUUCGCAAAAACAAAUUACGCAAUAUUUCUAAAAAAAUAUCAAAAGAAUAUUACACAUCUCCAAAUGCCAAUUUAUCAGUUGUCUGUGAUACUGGAUCCAAUGGUAAAUUGAUUCUUCAUUUUUGUCGUAAUCAAAUUGUCAACAAUAGCCAGUAUCAUUACCAAGGAUUUUUUGAUCUCUCCUCUAAUUUCGAAAACCAUGAAAUUUGUCAAAUUAUUAUCAAUAAUUAAAUAUAAUUAAAUUUUUAAUUAAUCCAAGAUGGCUGGUGAUGUCGGUAAAAAAGUUUUCAACUUGUGACUUUUUUAAAUAACCACCCGUGUCGCAUGGUACAUUUUUUUUCUCUUAAUUUCGCUGAAUUUCGCAAUAUUAAUUGAACACUCUGUCAAAAAAAAAAUAAAGCAAAAAAAAUCGACAACAAUAAUUGUAUUUUUUUUAAAUGUUUUAUAUAAAUAAAUUUUAACAAAGUGUAAUUUUAUUUAACAGAAUAAUUAUAAUUUUAUAAAUCGAAAUAAAAAAUGAUAAAUGUUUAAAAGUUUUAUAAAGUGUUAAUAAUAAUAGUUGAAUGAAAAAUUUCUAACCUUUAAAAUAUAAAUAUAUUGAUAAAAUGAAUGUUUCAUCAUCAUCAACAACAACACCAGGCAUGAAUCCUGGUGGUGUAUUAAAUCACAAUACAGAUGGAUUUAUAAGUACUCCAAUGGAAACAUCAUCGACUCUUGAUCCAAUGAGUACAAAACGUCGAAGCUCAUCACGUACAAUAAAACGUCGUAAAUUUGAUGAUGAACUUGUUGAGACAACAUUUAAUCUUCAAUCACCAACAACAAGUGGUAAAUCAAAUGCAAAAUCACGUACAGUAUCAAUGUCAACUGGUCAAGUUGUUGAAUCAUUAUUACCUCCUCCACCACCACCACCACCACUGCAACUACCAUCAUCAUCAUCAUCAUCAUCAAUAACACAACAAAUGUCAACACCAAUUGGAUCAUCAUUAAUACCACAAGCAGAAAAAAUAAAUAAACGUCCAAGUAGACCAAGUGGAUCAACAAAUGCUGGACGUAAAAAUAAAAAAAAUAAAAAUCAUACAAAUUCAGUAAAUGCAACAAAAGAUUUAGGCAGAUGGAAACCAACAGAUGAUCUUGCAUUAAUAACUGGUGUACAACAAACAAAUGAUUUACGUAUGGUACAUCGUGGUACAAAAUUUUCAUGUAGAUUUACAUUACAAGAAAUACAACAAAGAUGGUAUGCUUUAUUGUAUGAUAGUAAUGUAUCACGUGUUGCUGUACAAGCUAUGAGAAAUCUUCAUCCAGAAUUAAUAACAAGUGUACAAUCACGUACACUAUAUAGUAAAGCUGAAGAAGAUUUAUUAGGUACAAUUAAAUCAACAACACCACCAUCACCAACACAAGAAACAUUUCAAAAAUUAUUAGAAACAAAUGCACAAAUUUUUUAUCCAGCAAGAACAGCCAAGGCAUUAAUGGCACAUUGGCAAUUAAUGAAACAAUAUCAUUUAUUACCUGAUCAAACAGUACAAGCAUUACCACGUGGUGAUGCAUUUUUAAAUUUUUCUGAUGCUGAAGAUGUACUAAAUGAUGCUGAAUUAACUGAGCCAAAAGAUGAAAUAAUUGAUGCUGAAUUAACAAUGGCUGAUAGAAAAAAUAAACGUGAAAUACGUACAUUAGAAAAUGAACUUGGUAGAUGGCAAGUACUUGUUGAUAGUGUUACUGGUGUUAAUCCACCAGAUUUUGAUAAUCAAACAUUGGCAAUAUUAAGAGGUAGACUUGUCAGAUAUCUCAUGAGAUCUAGAGAAAUAAGUGUUGGACGUACAACAAAAGAUUAUACUGUUGAUGUUGAUUUAACACUUGAAGGUCCAGCAUGGAAAGUAUCAAGACGACAAGGUACUAUUAGACUUAAAAAUAAUGGUGAUUUUUUUCUUUCAUCUGAAGGAAAAAGACCAAUAUUUGUUGAUAGUCGACCUAUACUUGCUGGUAAUAAAAUGAAACUCAACAAUAACAGUGUCAUUGAGGUUGCUGGACUUAGAUUUAUAUUUUUAAUAAACCUUGAGUUAAUAUCAGUUAUUCGUCAAGAAGCAAUUAAACUCAACUUAAAUCCAUAAUAAUUGAUUUAAUUAUUUUUUUACAAAUAAAAAUGAUCCAGGAAUAUUCACUGUAAUUAUUCAUCAUCAUAAUACUCGACCAAAGGGACAACAGCCAUUCUUUUCAUCAUUUUAAAAUAAAUAUUAUCAUUCAAUGUUUAUUCCAAGGAUUGGAAAGUUUUUUAAAAAACCAUUUGCACUUAUUUAUUUUUCAAAUAUAAAAAAAAAAACAAAAUUUAAAAAAAAAAUGUAAAAUGUAAAAUAAUCUGGAUAACUUUUUUUUUUUUUAGUAUUAUAUAUUAAAUUAGAGAUAAUUUAAAAAUAAAAAUAAAGCUAAAUAUAUUUAAAUGUGUAUUUUGUAAAUUGCAUUAUUAUUAUUUUAUUUAUUAAUUAAUAAAUAAAAAAUAUACACACAG